AUCCUACUUGAGUGUCGGCGGCCCCUACAGUGAAUCAGCCACUUUGGCGGCACUUCUCUGCACACAACCUAGCAUACUCACACGCUGCCUACCAAUAUGGAGAAGUCGCUGUCUCUAAUCUCUGCCCAGGUCCAGUUCAUGGAAGAUCGGCUGGCCCUAGUGCAUAUUCCGCUCGAUCUCUAUCCGUUCUUCCUCAACCCGAUCCUGCAGGUGCUCUUCCACGAGGUAUCACCUAUCGCUGAGAAUCGGGCAGAUGGCCAGGACUUCGGCCGUGCCGAAAUGCCCAAAGAUGCGCAACCCGCAUUCUUGAACCUCUCAAUCACCCCAGUGGAAUGCUCGAUUAUGUGCCCGAGACAGCUUGCCAACCAGUACUUUGCUCCGUUGGUUGAUAAGUUCCUUCGCAAUAAUUCGUCCAGCCAGAGUCGCCUAUCAAUCAGCCAUGAUGAUUUCAUCGCCAUGCAGGUGUACGGCGAGGGCCUGGAAGCCGGCCAGCGGGUCCUCGAACUUACCCGGCCACUGGCAAUGGCUGGAAUCUCCAUCUUCUUCAUCUCGACUUACUUCUCCGAUUACAUCAUUGUCCCCUUGCGCAGCAAAUCUCAGGUGAUUGAAACGCUGGAGAAGCGUGGCUUUCAGUUCGAGCUGUCAACGGAGGCUUUCAUCAACAACAACCAGGCCCAGUACAGUAGCUGUUUCAGCCCUGUCUCCUCCCGUUCGGCAAGCAGCCUGAGUUCCCCUCCAGCUACGCCUCCUCCUUCAUCGUUGGAUGAAUUGCAAGUGCGCACGUUCUCGUCACUGCGCAAGAACCACAUCAUUCCUUCUGUCGAUCGAUCUCUUCGUUUGGUGCAUUGCGCUGCCCACCAUCAAUUCAGCAGUAACACCAGCUCCAUUGAGAUUCUCCGGGAGGCCCUGACCACCACAUUGAUCGUGGACAAGCCACGCUUUCUUUCACUCACUUUGACGGCCGCUGAUCCUGCGGCAUCUCUUCUGUUGGAGAAGCGGCUCCUCCCUCGGUUCUCCCAUGGAAACUCCACAACCACAGACGAGGAUGAUGAGUCCAGUCUUCUUCUCGGAUCGAAGGAGGAGAUCCUGGUUCCCAUAAUGCUAGAUCUCCGCAAACUGCCCCUGCAGGCAACAGGGAUUGUCUGUGGUGUGGCAAGUCGAUUGGCCGAUGCUACCCACGAUCGAGGAGACGCGGAGACUGAUGUAUCUACGUUCUUGUCCCGUUCCUUCAAUGGCUCCGGCACUUCCCUCGACAGUGUAUUCAGGCCCUUCCUAUCUUCCAGCUGGGGGUCUGGUGGACCGGUGCGCCCUAUUGGCCUUGACACGAACUUCCCAACUCAUCGUUUGCAACCCGACAUGGACCUGGCGAUGGAUGCCGUGGAAAUCAGUUUUCUGAGCACGGCUCGUGCGGGCACCAUUCUGGUUGGCGAACACGAGCUGCACCGUGCCGUGGAUGCCUUGGAGGCCGAAAGUCACGAGCCCGAAGCUGCGAUUGAGGCUCUCGAGAUUUAACUUUCUUGUUCCUUCUCUUACCAAAAGUUACUCACAUAUUCCCCUCUCUUCGUUUCGUUUGGUGGGUUCUUCCCCCGAUUUGUUUUCAUUUCCCCGCACAGAUACCAAAUUGUUGCAUUUACAUCGUCGUUUCUUGCAUUACAUGUUUCUGGUGUUGUUUGUUUAGUAGUCCCUCACACUUCCCCUUCUCUCUUGCGACUUGACCUCCUAGUCAAGCGAAGCGCUGACUAUUGGGUGUUUGAGACAAAUUGUCUUCGCUGCAUGACCUCUUCACAAAAGUUGUUUCAUUGUUUUUGAAAAAUCGCAAGGAUAUUGCAUCUAGUCGGCCAUCUGAGUUUUU